AAUAAAAACCCUAACUCCUCCCUCUCCCCCUCCUCGAUCUCUCUCUUUCCUUCCUCCCUCUCUCCAGACGGCACCAUCGCCGGCCUCCACCACCGCUGCCGCCUCUCUCCACCCAACACUGCCUCCGCCGUCGUCCAUAGCCCGCCGCCCUCCAUAGCCGCCACCUCUCUCACCCCCAGUCGAGCCCUCCACCGUCGCCGCAAUCCUCCGGCGCCCUCCACCCCCUGUCGUUGCCAACUCUCUAUCGCCACCGUCGUGCCUCCUCUCCUUACAUCUUCCGGUGUGGCCAGAGCGAUUCGUAUUCAAGGAUCUUGCCGGAGAAAGUCUGUCGGUCGGAGUGGAGUGGCUGCUUGAAAAGGAAGAGAGAG